ACUCUGUUUCUUGGUAGACAAGAUACCACCUCUCAGAAUUAGGGCCUGUUCUCACAUCAGAGUCUGCUGCGAUGCUCGAAGGACUGGUCUUUAUUUUCAGAGAGCAUUUGGAUUCUAAGAAGGUGCGAUGCUUCAGUACAUCUGUGGUCAGGCCAUUUGCCAAGCUUGUGAGGCCCCCUGUUCAGAUAUAUGGUAUCGAAGGUCGCUAUGCCACUGCGCUUUAUUCUGCUGCAUCCAAACAGAAUAAACUGGAACAAGUAGAAAAGGAACUGUUGCGAGUAGCACAAAUCUUGAAGGAACCCAAAAUGGCUGCUUCUAUUAUGAAUCCCUAUGUAAAACGUUCCAUUAAAGUGAAAAGCCUAAAUGAAAUGACAGCAAAAGAGAAGUUUUCUCCCCUCACGUCCAACCUGAUCAAUUUGCUUGCUGAAAAUGGUCGCUUGAGCAAUGCCCCUGGAGUCGUUUCUGCCUUUUCUACCAUAAUGAGUGUCCACCGUGGAGAAGUACCUUGCACAGUUACCACUGCAUCUCCUUUGGAUGAAGCCACUCUUUCUGAAUUACAAACAGUCCUGAAGAGCUUCCUAAGUAAAGGCCAGGUACUGAAAUUGGAAGUUAAGAUUGAUCCGUCAAUCAUGGGUGGAAUGAUUGUCCGUAUUGGAGAGAAAUAUGUUGAUAUGUCUGCAAAAACCAAGAUUCAGAAGCUGAGCAGGGCUAUGCGAGAGGUUUUCUGAAAGUGUUGAUUUUCUGUUGGUGAAAAUUCUUAAACUUGGAGCAACAAUAAAAUGCUUCCUGAACAGAA